CACGCCGGUAUUUCCCACCAGCUGCACCGACUCAAUAAAUAGUAGCCGGGUUGAGGAUGGAGGCAGGUAUAAAGCAGAACACAUCAGUCAGAGACAAGAGACAAGAGACAAGAGAGGAUGGACAUGAAGCAGAUUCUCAUCUUUGGACUUAUCGUCAGUCCCGUGUGGUCGUUCGGGAUGCCCCGGUGCUAUGAGGAGCAGGAGUUGAACUUGGCCGCUGAGAGGAAGCUGAGGAGUCACUACCCGCAGCCUCCGGAGCCCGCACACGCUGCAGAGCCCGACUCCGCUGCGUCCUGCCCGGUGGAGCUGUUCCAGCAGCCGCCGCAGCACAUCUACGACAGGUCUCUCUCACCCUGGAGAUACGUGCUUGUAACAAAGGAGGACCACUUUCCUUCCACCUACGCCGAGGCUCAGUGCCAGUGUUCCGGAUGCGUCCUGAUCCAGGACAACAAACGCCCAGUAGAGAGCUUCGACUACAACUCAGUCCCCAUAAAGCAGAGCAGGGUGUUUCUCAAGAGGGAGCUCUGCGAAGACGGAAAGACAUACUAUCUGAAGCCAGUUUCUGUGAAAGUAGCUGUGGGCUGUACCUGCGCCAGAGCCAAGUCCUCACCCUAGAAGGGAUCCAUCCAGACCUGUUGUCAAAGUGGCACACUACAGUUCAUGUUGUAUUUGUUUUAAAAUGCAUAAAGUUCUCUGGACAGUGUAACUCCGGGGUGUCAGGUCCUACGGUGUGAUUAAUGGGCAGAUAUGGGUCAGCAGGUUCCAGCACUUUGAUUUGGACUCAUCACACAGCCGACACCCCUGGGAUAGUUCUGGGAUAAUAUAAGACUUCAAAAGUCAAAAGUCACAUCAGCCUUUAUAGGCUUAUUUAUUGUCAUACAUUUAUUUGUCAUAGAUACAUUUAUAAUGUAUGUUUUGUAGGACUGUUUACAGCUCUGCCCAGUGCAGCUUGGUAUUUCACUGUACUUCUUUUCAUAUUGAAGGCCUUGUCAUCGAAGAAAAUAGCUAUUAUAUAGUUUUGUAUAGUUUAAAAUAACAAUUUAACCACUAAUAUAUAAUAUAUAUAAUAUUUUGAUAACUAUCUAUUUAUUUGGUUUGUCUUGCACAUGUAAUGUUUGAGCAUUUGAAGGCUUUAGGAUGCUCAUGAGUGGAUGAGGAAAACUUUGUAUUUAUUUAUGAUUGAUGUCUUGUAGGUCUCGUCCCAGUGGGACUUAAUGAGUCUACUAAAGACCAA